AUGGAGAACUUUUAUAAGACUCAUCGGAGAACUACUUACCGGUUUAAAAUCUCAACUCAAGCUCAAGCUGGAGGCUAUCCAAGCUCACUCAACUGUCAUGUCACUCACCACCUCUGGAUCCCGAAAGGAAAGAGACUAGACUCUCGCCGAAUAAUUGGUCCCCUGACCGGCGAAGUCGAGUUGAAUGUGUUCUUCAAGCUGGGUAGGAAAUCUCUAGAGCCAGAGGCAUUCAUCAAAAGCAGUCUAUUCGCUGAGAUCAUUAACUCUCUCAAUACGCUUGCUACCGAUGAGGCCGUUUCUAUACAGAGAGUCGGGGAGACCAAGGUCGUUUCAGACAGCCCUAAAGCACAUGCUUGUGUUCAGUUGAAGUUAACACCUCUAGAAGAAAUUUUGGAAACGUCCUUGACUCGGCGACCGAUAGCAAGACUAUCAUCGAUUGACUUGGAGUGGCAAUACACCCCAGCCAAAAAGAACUCGACAAUCGAUGCCCCAGCGACUCCGUGUGGUGAGACUAUCGACUUCGACUCGCUCAUUCACGUCCAACCUUUGGUGCUUCCAUUGAAAUCAUCGCUUCAGCAGUUCAUGAAGCGCUUCGUGAGCCGUAACCUACUCCAUCAACUUCCUUUGGUUUUCAAUUCCCAAUGGCAAAAAAAGUUACAGGACAGCAUGCUUAACCAAAAGAUAUUUGGACGUAUCUUAACACGGUUUUCUGAACAGUGUAUCUCGAACGACAUCAGAGCUGAGCUGAGGAACAUGUGCGAACAUGAGGAUGAAAUACAAACGGCGAAGGCGGAUGAAGAAGAAUGUUCAGGAGACAAAAUAGCGAGCAGAUUAUCCACUCUUCAAAUUAACAUUAGCAAGCUCCCGAAUACGAGAAUUGCACGCUCGCGACGAUGUAGAAACUCUUCAUACUGCUCUAGUCUCGAUAUCGAAGCCGUCCCUUCAGAUCAUGAGGCGGCUAGUGAUCAUGGGGAUGUGUGGAUGGAUGAAGAGGAGGAUCAAAAUAUCAUGGCAGACAAAGAGAAUAACUCUGAUGUUUCUUUGUACUUGACUGGAGGGUCUGAUAACGACAUAGCGAUGAGCUCAUCCUGA